CAUUCCGAACAAAUGGAACUUCAAUAAAUUCGGCCGCAAACACCUGGUCGGAUAGCAGUUCCUUAGUAACUCUCACUAGUCUUGGAAGAUAUUAUUUGAAACAGUCUUGUUGUCAAAUAGCAUCGACCAAGUUCAACGCUCAUCAGAACCGGCAACGAAGAUGACAAACGCACUGAUCCCAACACAUGCCGAUCCGAAAGAAAAGAACACGGAACAUUCUUCGGAUGCCAUUUCUGUUUGCAAUGACGUUGAAAGCCAUAGUAGUAUAGAUUCCAGAGGGAAGAAGGCUCCAUCAGAAGCAUCUGAUAGUACAAGUGUCGACAGUGUUCCGGCACCAGCAUCAGCUGAAGAUGAUCCGUGGGCCAUUAUUGAGCUAGUCGACAAUUCCGAGAAAUGGAAAGAUAUGAGCACAAAAGCUAAAGUCAUCCGAGUGGUGACCAACGUGUCGAAAAUACUUGCUGCUAUUGGUUUACUGUACUUCUUCAUCUGCUCGCUAGAUUUACUUUCCAGCGCAUUUCGCCUGAUUUCUGGAAAAACAGCUGGUACGAUUUUCCAGCAGAGCGAGCUCAUGCAAAAUCCUGUUGUUGGAUUAAUGAUUGGCAUUUUAGUCACUGUACUGGUCCAGAGUUCUUCCACAUCUACUUCCAUCGUUGUGAGCAUGGUCGGAGCCGGUGUUCUGACCGUUGCAAUGGCGAUUCCAAUCAUGAUGGGUGCCAACAUAGGAACUUCCGUUACUAACACAAUCGUUUCUUUUACUCAAAUUGGCAACAAAAAUGAGUUUAGAAGAGCUUUUGCUGGCGCAACGGUGCACGACAUGUUCAAUUGGUUGACAGUGAUCGUUCUUUUUACCGUCGAAAUCGUUUGCCAACCCAUUUUCGGUGUUGGCUAUUUGGAGUGGUUGAGUAGUGUCAUCGUCAAGGGAGUUAACACGUCUUCCGGUGAAGGAGAAAUUAAGAUUUUGACGGUAGUAACAGAUCCCUUUGUGGACCUUAUCAUACAGCUCGAUUCGAAAGUGCUAAAAGGUUGGGCUAACAAUGACCCCGUGUACGAAAAUGCUUCGCUAAUUCAGCAAUGUGGCGGAAAUGUCACCGAUCCUAUACCAUGUGAUGGAGAAUUUCUAUUCGAAGACACUGGAAUGGAAGACUGGGCUGUAGGAUUAAUUCUUUUGGCCAUUUCACUUAUUAUCCUUUGCAGCUGCCUAAUUUUCCUUGUCAAGAUCCUCAACUCUAUGAUGCAGGGACACAUUGCCAACGUCAUCAAGCGCGUGAUCAACGCAAAAAUCCCUUACGUUCCAUGGCUCACCGGUUACAUAGCACUUGCUGUUGGAGCUGGAAUGACAUUUAUAGUUCAGUCUAGCUCUGUCUUUACAUCAACUCUUACCCCGCUCGUUGGUAUCGGUGUUAUAUCGCUGGAGCGAGUCUAUCCGCUCACUCUGGGAUCCAACAUUGGUACGACGACAACAGCUCUUCUUGCCGCUUUAGCAGCUUCGCCAGAUGCGCUGCACGACACCUUACAAAUAGCUUUGGUCCAUCUAUUCUUCAACAUCACUGGCAUCCUACUUUUCUACCCUAUCCCGUUCAUGCGAUUUCCGAUUCCGAUGGCUAAGUUUCUCGGCAACGAAACUGCCAAGUAUCGAUGGUUCGCCAUUCUCUACCUCGUGGGAAUGUUUUUCUUAUUGCCUGCCAUAGUUUUGGGUCUUUCCAUCGCUGGCACUAUCGCAUUGCUAGUCGUAGGCAUCCCUUUCUUAAUUAUUUUGAUAGCCAUAGCCGUCAUUAAAAUUUUUCAGCGAAAGUGGCCAUUACUUUUGCCGUCCGUCAUGCGGAAUUGGAAGUGGCUGCCCAUUGGUUGUCGCUCUCUAGAGCCGUACGAUCGUCAGUUCGCCAAAUGCGCUUGUUGUAACAAAUUUCGACAGAGUGAAGAAAGCAAAGAAAGCAACAUUGCAAGUACCGUUGUUGUCGUCGAAUCGGAAAGUUCAGCUGAUUUGAAUCAGACAACCUGAAAAUAAGUCGAGAUACUAUCGCGGCUUAAGAGUUAAGACUACCUGUAAAGCAAUGGCGACCGCAAUAGGUACAAGGCCAUAAGUUACGUAACAUUUUUAUCGAUCAUCUGGUAUACUGAAAUGAUGGGAUUAUGUUAUAUUUCAUGGCAUGAGAAAAUUUGUAAACUAAUGGUAUUAUUUUCUCGAUAAAUUUUGCGCUUGUUUUAUUUUUCAAGUUUUUGUGCUUGAUUUGUUCCCGACCACAUUAGCACAUUCCGGCGUAUCAGUUGAUUGUACUCUCUCAAUAAAAUCAACAAGAGUUCAAUUACA